UUCAUUCCCCAGGGACACAGCCUACUUUGUAGAGGUGGGAAUGGUGAAGCCCUGUCACUUGGGUAAACCUGUAUCAGCAACUCUGGUUGCUGCCAGAAACCAGACCCAGCAGAAGGGACUGCCCAGUCAGCCUGUCCCCCCUCUGCAUCAGACCUGUGAGCUCUACCUCAGCAUGCUGGAGCCCAUCGUGGAGGAGGACGAGCUGAAGCGCACAAAAGAGCUGGUGAAAGACUUUCUGAAAGCAGGAGGGGUCGGAGAGAGACUGCAGAGAGGCCUGGAGAGGAGAGCACGCAACACUGAGAACUGGUUAACAGAGGAUUUUUUAAAGGAAGAUUAUCUUCACAAACGGCAUUCUUUGGUGGUUCAGUCAAACACUGGGAUAGCGUUUCCCCGGAUGGAAUUCAUAGAUAAACAGGAACAAAUGAGGUUCGCUGCCAAAUACAUAGUGGGUUUUUUGGAACUAAAGACAAUGAUUAGCAAUGAUGCUCUACCAGUUGAGUACAUGAAAGGGAAGCCACUGUGUAUGAAGCAGUAUGAGCAGUUGAUAUCAUCCUGCCGUAUCCCUGGUCUGAAGGAGGAUUCAUUGGUGUUCUAUGGCAGGAGCUCCAACCCCCCCAAACACAUCACUGUAGUACACAACAAUCAGUUCUUUGUGCUGGAUGUGUACAACAGUGUUGGGACUCUGAUGACAGUCGAUCAGCUCUGUGUUCAGCUGGAGAGGAUCUGCAACGCCUCAAUACUGACCGACAUGGAGCCUGUCGGCAUCCUCACCUCUCAGCAUCGUGACAUCUGGAGCAAAACCUACAUCAGCCUAAUGAAGGAUGAGACCAACAAAGAAUCACUGUCUGCUAUCCAAAGUAGCAUCGUCACAGUGUGUUUGGACAAAGCGAUGCCCCCAGUGUCUGAUGAAAUGUAUUGCAGAUGUGUUAUUCCCUGGAUGCUGACUGGAGGAGGAAGCCAGUGGAACAGUGGAAACCGCUGGUUUGACAAGGGGCUGCAGUUAAUUAUUGGAGAAGACGGGAUAUGUGGCUUAAACCUCUCUCAUGUCUGUGCUGAUGGGGUAGUCCAAAUGGCGUUGGCUGAUUAUAUUUUAGAAAACAAGUAA